CUACACUCGAAAAUAUGACUGCUCAUACAUUCAGUUUGGAUUUUGUGCCAUGGAUGAAAAUGAACUGGAAAAACCACAGUGUGUGAUUUGUGGUGAAAUCUUGAGCAAUGACGCCAUGAAACCCUCGAAAUUGAAGAGGCAUCAAAAUGGCAAACAUGGCGAAUUGGUUUCAAAACCGCAAGAGUUCUUUGAAAGGAAGUAUGAUAAUUUGAAAUCAUCCCAGAAACAACUGCUCAAUUUGACACGCGUAACUGCUUGUGCGCUGCGCGCUUCAUAUAUGGUUGCUCUUCGUAUUGCCAAGGCAAAGAAGCCGUUUACAGUUGGGGAGACACUCGUGAUAGGCUGUAUUAAAGACGUAUGUCAAGAAAUGCUGGGCGAGGCAGUGGCACAGAAAGUAUCCCAAGUUCCAAUGUCAAACGACACUAUUGCACGUCGCAUCCACGAUUUGACAGAAGAUAUGGAAGAUCACCUCAUAACACCAGUUAAAUCGUCAAAGUAUUAUUCGUUACAGCUCGAUGAAAGUACUGAUAUUGCAAAUAAGGCGAUUCUUAUAGUUGUGCGUUAUGAAUACAAAGGAGAUUUGAAGGAGGAGUCUUUUUCUGAUUCGUUACCAACUAGCACAACUAGUACAGAAGUGUUCAAGAGUUUGAGCGACCACAUAGUUCGAAAAUUCGAUUUGAAUUUCCAAAAUUGUGUCGGCGUCUGUACAGAUGGAGCUGCGAUGACAAGACGUCAUUCCGGCGUGAUAGCCCAGAUUAAAGCAGUGGCCCCGGAUUGUAAAUCAACACACUGUAUAAUUCACAGAGAAAAUCUAGCCAUUAAGAAAAUGUCAUCCGAAUUAAACUCAAUUCUGAGUGAAGUUGUGAAAAUUGUGAAUCAUGUGAAGGCCAACGCACUGAAUUUAAGGUUAUUUGCAGUAUUAUGUGAAGAUGCGGGUGCUGAGCACACACGACUCAUACUGCAUGCUGAUAUACGCUGUUUGUUCAAAGGCAAAGUUCUCUCUCGAGUAUUUGAACUACGACAUGAGCUCGCCCACUUCCUCCAGUUCAAGAAACCACAUUCGUCAGAACUAUUCCGAAAUUCUGAAUGGGUUGCAAAGCUGGCGUACAUGGCGGAUAUUUUUGACAUCUUGAAUACCUUCAACGUCUCCAUGCAGGGAAAAAUGGCUUCGUGCUUCACGAUAGCAGACAAGAUUGAUGGAAUGAAACGCAAGCUGGAUGUAUGGAAAUCUCGCGUGUCGAAAGAUUGCUUUGAUAUGUUUCACAAACUGUCAGCAACAAUAACUGAAACAAACUCGGGACUUGAGAUGUCUGUAUUGAGAGCCAAGAUCAGUGAGCAUUAGACGGCUCUACUGAAGCGCUUUGAGAUGUACUUUCUGUCAGAGGAAGACCCUCGAAAACGUAAUGGAUGGAUCAGAAACCCUUUUUUAACAUCGGAACACCGAUUGUCGGUUGCAUUGGAGGAUCAAUUGCUGGAGCUUGCUGCUGAUGGUAGCAUGAAAAUCCUUUUCGAAUCUGCAGAAUCCUUGGCGUGCUUUUAGAUCAAAGCUAGAGCAGAGUAUCCUGGACUGGCUGGAAUCGCUAUCAAAAUACUUCUCCAAUUUCCAUCAACAUAUCUGUGUGAGACUACUUUCUCAACAAUGAGUGUCAUAAAGACUAACUACAGAAACCAUUUGGACAUUCGAGCCCCAUUGCGUGUUGCACUGUCUUCCAUCGAGCCAAGACUUGAUAAAUGGACAAAUAAAAAAUAA